CAUGCGCGGUUGCAAUGCACCCGGUGUUACACGCGCAAACUGCCCCAAAUGUUCAAACAAACCAUCUACGGGUCAUGGUGCGGUUAAUUUUAAUUCGUUAACAAUUCCAAUUGGAAGAAACAUUGCAAUCGCAAAUGUACAAUUGUUUGGUCUGCCUGGACAGGUUUAUUUUGAUUCCGGAGCGCGAACAAGUGUAGCCAGCGCAAAUUUGAAACGGAUAAUGGAUUUUAAAGGCAACCAGCUGAUUUCGAAGAUGUUUUCGCUCUUCCUCUUCUUCUUUCGAUUGGAGCGUAACUCAGAAUACCAAAUUACGAUUGUAGCGGAGCGGAAUGCGGGAACGUAAUCGAAAUGCAGAAUAGGGCUGAAU